AUGACUGAUAUAUUCGACCAAGUAGAUGAACAAAUAAAAAAACAUGCUGGUCUACGAGCGAAUUGCGUAGGCGGUGGAAGAAUUGAGCAUGACCCCGACGAAAAGACUAUCAAAGUUUAUGGAUAUUCGCAAAUUGUUCUAAUUGGCGGUGCUAGAGAAAUCAGUCAAACUCUAUCUCAGUUACUAAGAAAUAGCGUGAAACUGAAUGCCCUUGCGUUAUACAAUGUGGCAGCUGUCAGGCCUUUGCCGAUUUACAAUUUCUAUGAUGAACAGCCAUUCAAACCUAUUUCAUCAAAAAUGCCAAUAAUGAGAAAGAAAUCCUGUUUGGAGGAAGGUAAUCGUUUAAAUGCAGUAAUUAAUAGCACCAGACAAACAGACAAUAAUAAUCAUCAAGGAAAUAAUGGAAGGAAUCAGACAGAGAAACUUGUAGAAGCUCUUUACCGUUUACCAAUAGCUGAAGAAACUCCAACACUUAACAGUCCAUUGAUACCUAUUGAGGAAUUAAUGCCAAAGGCGGGCAACGCGUGCAGCAGGAUGCGUCUUUAUGCUAGAGUCCUGGGUGAGACGAGUUCCAGCAACAUGAAAACCUGGCAAAGAGAUUACGCCACCAUCCUGAUUCGCAAGAGGUUCUCAGACUUGACGUAUCCAUCAUUUCAGGAGUACGAUCUAAACUUCAUUCCAGAAGCGAAAAUCGCGAAGAAGCAUCGAUCGAUUAAGAAAACGAGAAAAAUCGAACAUUUAUCUUGCAGUGCACUCAUUGCGAAAGAAAAUAAUCAUCAAUUGUUGCCGACGUCUUUGUUGAAUCAUGGCGAAAACCCGGCAAGAAGAUUGAUGAAGAAAUUUAGAAAUGUUAGUAUACUUCCAAAUAUAGAGGCACGCUGCAAAGGAGCAGAGAAAUUGACCGAUUGGUCGAUACUAGCAGUGCUAUUGAAUAACAAAUUGAGAUUAUUACAUGAGAUCUACGGUCGUAUUAAAUUUCCUUUGUCUUCAUUAAAUUUCAUAAAUUACAAGCGUGAAAAUAAUCGCGAAGUAGUUUCAUUCGAUCGCGAUAGCGAAACAAUGACGAACGAUACGUUAAAUGUCGUUGAACAGGAAAAUUGGAUUCGACGAACAUACUUCAAAAUCAAAUCCAUACUCCCAGACCUGCACGCUAAAAUCCGAUUCCAUUCAGCAACCGCAUCGGACUCGUAUUGUUCGGAAAAUAUUUUUGUGGUGAACCAAGUGAUUCCGUUUUCCGACAUAAUUUCCAACAACGCGAUUCUCUUUGCAUCAAAAGAUUAUGAAGCUGAUAAACCGAGGACCGGCAUUCGGAGGAAGAUACAGGAAUUUUGUAUGCAGCGGAAAAGAACUCUUAAGAAGAAUAGAGAGAAGAAUGAUAUUUGUAAGAAAAGAGAGAAGUCGUGUGAAAAGAGAGAGACAGAAAAGAGGACUGAUUGCUCCGGGAGAAUAAAGUGGGCAGGCAAAAGACAAAAUGUAGUUUCUUGUAAAAGGAGAAAGAGUUCUUGCGAUAAAAAAUAUUCUCGCGAUUGCCGUAAACCUCGCGAACGAAGGGAGGAGAUCCAAGAAGAUCCGUGUAAACCGAAAAAGGAUGAUACUUCUAGAACAGAAAAAGAUCCUUGCCGUGUACAACCUCGCGAACGAAAGGUGGAGAUCCAAGAAGACCCAUGUAAAAAGAAAAAGGAUGAUACUUCUAGAACAGAAGAAGAUCCUUGCAGUGGACCACUUUCCAUGAAGCAAGAACAAACCUAUUAUGAACUGCAUGACCCACAACCAGAAAAUUUAACUGUCAAGGUUCAAAAAUCUGGAAUAAUAGCUGAAAGAAGAGAGAAUUCAAGUUCAUCGAUGACAUCUGCAGUAAAAAUAGUAGGAAGUGGAAAACCAAUCGAAUCCAAUCGGAUCCAAACCAACAGAGAUUUUCUGUCGAUCAUCAAUUCAUAUCAACAGUUUACGAGAAUCAAUUUUGUCAAAGAUUUUCAGCAAGACGCCAAUUCGACAGUCAAUUACAAGGAUUGUUCCGAUUUUUCUUUUCUACAUAAGCAUUUUGUCACCGAUCUUCGCUAUUGUAGCGAUCGUGAGUUUGAGGAAUCAAAGUUAUUGUACGAUGCCAACGAUGAUUACUUCCCUCAAGGUGAAGAAUAUGAAGAAGAGAUCGGUACAGAUGACUAUCAACUAGGUAAAAAAAUAAAAAACCCUAGUAAAGAACCGUCGAUUGUCGACGACGAGUACGACAAUUUCGAGCCGACGAUGCUGUUGUUUGAAAAUAGCAAAUACGUCAAUGGAGGUCCAUUAACGAGGUUUAUUACACGCGUACAUUUUUCAAGUAUUGAAGAACUAAUAGAGUCUGAUCGAAUAAUGCUGAUGUCAGAAAAAGUUUCCAACAAGGACGCUGUCGAAAAAUUGCAAACUCUGAUCGAGAAAGAGGGAGGUGGCCCAAGAGCGCUGGUCGGGAUUAUCGCGAAAUUAUUAAGGAAGUGCAACAAAAUCCUUCACGAAUUAAUACGUAAAAACCAGCAGGCAGUUAGUGGCAGAGUAUUGCGGCUAGGUGAGCCAGACUGUGGCGAGGAUUCGCCUGAUGAACCAAAAAAGAAUCCGUGCGAUCCACCCAAGGGCCCCUGUCAGCCCGCCGAACCACCGGGUUAUCCCUCCAAGCCAAAACCCAAAAAAAAGCCAUUCUGCGUUACUCAAUGCCCACCCAAGAAACCGUGCUAUCCAGAAGCUAAAGUUCAUACAAACGGAAGCUUUCCCAAGAAAUCUACUGAGGCCUAUCUUUGGAAUAGAAGAAUUAGGAUUUAA